AUGGAGUAUUUCAAUCAGAUCAAGAACCGCCGUCGUUCCUCGCAGAUGACCAGUGCGCCCAAGCCUGUCCUCUCGCCCGAAGAUGAAGCCUAUCUGCGUGGAUUAACCGCCGAAGAGGAAACUCUGCCGAUUCCAACGGAGCCCAAGGAGCAAACUCCGACCGGAGCCCCUGAUGGGGUUUCACCGCAAGCAGCGACAAGUGAGGAUGCUGUGAAUGUCCCUUUACCAACGUCACCCGUAGAAGAGUUUGGAAAGGAGCUUGGGGAGGAGGAAAGGCGUGAGCGGAAGGGGUCUCAACCAGCUUUGAUGAGAUCGGAUACACCGAAGACUGAAACCACCAAAGCACCCCAGAAGAAAAAGCGAUGGAGCGCUAUGUUCUGGAAGAAGAACACGGAGAAGAAGGACAAAGAUGUCAACGAGUCAGCCAAGGCACAAAUAGAAACCUCAACUCCUCCCGCGACCUCGGAUACCUCGAAUAACGGACAAAGCGCAGAGAAGGACAAGGAAGCAGAAGACAUGACGGACAUUCUCGAGCGGUUGAACCUAGCCGCAGACAACAACCGCGUGUUCUCCAUCAGCGACGAGACACAGGAGCUUUUACGCAAAUUCAAGCUUAUUUUCAAGGACUUGAUCAAUGGAGUGCCGACUGCCUACCAUGACUUGGAGAUGCUCUUGACCAACGGGAAUCGUCAACUACAAGAUACCUAUACAAAGCUACCUGGACCCAUGCAAAAGCUUAUCGAAAAGCUUCCUGAACGUUGGACCGAGACUCUGGCCCCGGAGAUGCUGGCUGUUGCCGCUGAACGAGCUGGGAAGAGCGGUGUCAGCAUGGAGAACGUGGGCAAGGCAGCUGCCGCUGCAGAGAAGAUGGGCAUCAACGUGCCAAGUCUGAAGGAGCUUGUGUCGAAGCCUGCUGCCCUUGUUGGUAUGCUGCGAUCGAUCAUGGCAUUUUUGCGAGCUCGAUUCCCUGCCGUGAUGGGUAUGAAUGUGCUCUGGUCACUGGCGUUGUUCAUUCUACUGUUCGUUCUAUGGUACUGCCAUAAGCGCGGACGGGAAGUUCGUCUCGAGAACGAGCGUCUCGUGACCGAAGAAGAAAUUAACAAGCUCAAUGAAGACGCCUCCGCAGAAAGAAUCCGUGCCACUGAGACAUUGACAACCACAGCACCCCAGGGUGCCUCUUCCGAAGAGAUACGUGAAGGUGUGAGAAGGGUAGAGGAGGCCAGGGCUACUCCCUCUGCUACCCCCACUGAACCCGAGAAUGAAAGUGAAGAAGCUGUCCGACCAGUGCCUGUUCCCAACCGGUCGAAAUCCCGGCUAUCCAUCUUUGGCCGAUCAAAGACAGAGCCCAUGCCUAACAAUGUCACUCCGUAUCCUGGGACUUGA